AUGAAGACCUUCUCUUUGGGUUUCAUUGUUCUCCCGGCUGUCUUCCUCAGUGUCCAGCUUGGUGUUGCCACAUGUGGGAGCGACGUCCGUAUGCUCUGCUGCCCCUAUUUCAGCCACUGCGUGUUCCCGUGACACUGGCUGUACAGCUAUAUGUUCACCGAAAGCAGCUGCACCAAUGAGGGUGUGAUAUUCACUACAAAAACAGAUAAGCAAUUCUGUGACCAGCCAGAGGCCAAGCGGGUGCGGAGGUAUAUCUCUUUGUUGAAUACCAAGAAGCAUUCGUGA